GAUACUAUACAGUCAAGUAUAUCUUUAACAAAUUCUCAUAAUUUAUACACUUACUACGCUAAAUAGAGGUUUCCGUGGCAGUAAAACUGAAAUUGAAUUAUACUAAUAGAAUAACAGCAUCGCAUUGCCUACAUGUAUUUUAUUUAAAAAAAUGUUAUACAUGCGAGUCGGCCCAAGGAAUCGAUUCAUUAUUGGACGUCACAAUAUCACUAGCUCACAAGGUUCAAGGUCGGAGAGACACAGCUUGAGUACAGUUGAACGGACUUCGAAAGAUAUCGAGCUAUCGUUAAUUUAGACACGUUCAACUUUGGGUUUAAAUAUUUCUAACGUUUAAAAUGCCAAGAGGAAGCCGCAGCCGAACUUCGAGGAUGGCUCCCCCCAGCUUUUCCUCACGUCCCGCACCACCUCCGCCAAUGGCCAGAGCAGCACCUCCACCAGCUCCUGCACCAGCCCAUGCAUCUUCAGUCGCCCCUGUUGCAGCUGCCCCCAGGCAGCCAGGAAUGUUUGCUCAGAUGGCCAGCACCGCUGCGGGCGUCGCAGUCGGAUCCGCGGUGGGGCAUACGAUUGGCCAUGCCAUGACGGGCGGCUUCAGCCGUGGAGAAAGCUCAGAGGCUGCCAGGCCUGAUGUCACCUAUCAGGAGCCUUACCAGCCUCAGCCCAUGUACCAGCAGGAAUCAGUGCAGCAGAAUCCCUGUGGCUAUGAGAUGAAACAGUUCCUCGAAUGUGCACAGUCACAGAGCGACCUCAAACUGUGCGAAGGGUUCAGCGAGGUGCUCAAACAAUGCCGAUUCUCCAAUGGUUUGCCCUAAAACUGGAUCAGGGACAUCGCUUAGGACUAUUCUUAAUUGACCCACUUACAGAACAAAUGCAUAAAUGCUUUAGAAAUGUAUAAAAGUUUAAGGCAUUUAGUAGGAGGGAUGACUUUACUAUUUCAAGGUCAAUUAUGUAUUUUGAUUUAUAUAUAUUGGUUAAAUUGCUACAAAUGUACACAAUAAACCCAAUAAACCCUUAAA